GACCCCCCCCCCGAUAAUGUGUCUUUACGGAUGGACUGAUAGUCGAACGCGAACGGCAGAAGUGAUUUGCGUGCCUCUGGAUGAGUCUCAACUCGGAGAAAGCACUACUUUUGUGGUAGGAUUUCCACGCAGAGCUCACCGGUGGUCGUGAUGUGCACGCUGGUGGGAGACUUGUUCUUUUGGAUUACACAAACGUCCGUUUAUGUUUAAGAGCGUGCGCCGGUUUCUGCAGGACUCCAUGCAAUCGCAAAGGCAGAGGAGUGAAGGGCGACCCCGAGCUGGAUGGAUGGUUAUGGGGGAAAGAGGCAGACCCUCGGCGCUUGACGUGUGCAGAGUCCUCGCCGUCUUUCUCUCACUCUUUCCUUCAGUGAGCCUGCAGUGCAAGAUCCUCAAGUGCAACUCGGAAUUUUGGGCCUCCACCGCCAACACCGGGCCCGAGGAAGAGUUUUGCACGGCGCUGCGUGCGUACAGCAGCUGCGUGCGACGCACCGCUCGUACGUGCAGAGGCGACUUGGCGUACCACUCGGCCCAGCAUGGCAUAGAGGAUCUCAUGAGCCAGCACAACUGCUCCAAGGAGGGACCCACGUCGCAACCCCGCGCCCGCACCCCGCUGCCCCCUGCGCCCCCGCCGCCCGACAGCCAGGAGCGCUCAGACGGGCCCGAGGUGUGUCACUACGAGCGUAGUCUUCUACGCAACGCGGCCGCACCGAACUUCACCCACUGUGGCUUCUUUGGCGACCCUCACCUGCGGACCUUCGGGGAUGAGUUCCAGACGUGUAAGGUGGAGGGAGCCUGGCCGCUUAUUCACAACAAAUACCUGUCGGUGCAGGUGACCAACACCCCUGUGGUGCCAGGCUCUUCAGCGACUGCAACAAGCAAGCUGACAAUCAUAUUCAAGAACUUCCAGGAAUGCGUGGACCAGAAGAUGUACCACGCCGAGACGGACGAACUCCCGGCGGCGUUCGCCGACGGCUCAAAGAACGGCGGUGAGCGCCACGGCGCCAAUGCCCUGCGCGUGGUGGAGAAGGCGCCCGGGCAGCACGUGGAGAUCCAGGCGCGCUACAUUGGGACCACCAUAGUGGUGCGCCAGGUGGGCCGCUACCUGACUUUCGCCGUGCGCAUGCCCGAGGAGGUGGUCAACUCGGUGGAGGAGGACGACAACCAGGACUUGUACUUGUGUCUGCACGGCUGUCCCGCCAACCAGCGCAUCCACUUGAAGAACGUGAGGGCUCAGAGCGCGGCUCGGACCAGAGGCUUCACCUACCAGAGCGCCAAGGCCAAGUGUAAGGAGCGUCUUCCCGUGGAGGACCUCUACUUCCAGUCCUGCGUCUUCGACCUGCUGUCCUCCGGGGACAUCAACUUCACCAUGGCCGCCUACUACGCCCUGGAGGACGUGAAGAUGCUGCACUCCAACAGCAAGCGCUACCACAUCUUCCAGAAGGACGCCUUCCCCAGUAACGCCGCGUCGGAGAGGCGGGGCAAAGACGCGGCGUCGCUGGUCUCGGUCCUCGCCGCCAUCCUCUUGUGGACCGAGUGCUGCACCGUCGCUCUAACGCCACUUUAGGACGCCGUUUGUGGGGGAAGUCCACCUGGGAUGAUAUCACUGGAGACAAAUCUUGUCCACGGACUCGUGACAGGACAGGCUUUUUGGUUUCAUUUUCACUUUCAAAGCCUGAGCCAGGUCGCUGUGCAGACCAGUCAGAUUUUGACUGUUGUGUGUUUUGUGGGUGCAGGAGCCACCGGAACUAAAACCUUCUACGGCGGGAAGAGAACAUUGUGUUGUUGUUGUUUGUGACGUGAAUGUAGACAACAGGAGAAGACACAAGAAAAACUUCUAAGGUUUACAGACUACGGCGCUUCUUUAACAUGAGGGUGGUUACUCAACCGCAGAGAGUGCCAGGCGCCGCCUAUUACUUUUCACGAGUAACUGUUCACAACAAGAUUUUAUUAUAUGCAGUACUGUGCAACGAGCAGCUUUACAGAUGCCACGUCCCGCCUGCAGGCGGAGUAUAGUUUUUAAAAGAUGGCCGACAACGUCGAUAUCGCAGCCUCCUGCAGUAACAAUACAGUGGAACCUCUAUUUACAAACUCAAUUGGUUCUUGAACAUGGUUCGUAAACAGAAAGGCUUGUAUAGUGAAGCAUUUUCCUGUAAGAAACAAUGUGAACUUGAAUAAUUAGUUCUAGCCUCGACACAAGUCCCUAUUUUACUAGGAGAAUGCACAAUUUGAAGGCCCUAU